GUUCGCUAGCCCCGCCCCCCGCCAGCAGAUGGCAGUAACGAGCUUCCGGGUUUGUUUUGAAACUCGUGGAAGAAAAAACAAAAGGAGAAUUUACAAACUGUUUACAAACUUUUAACUGCACAAGUCGUAUCCGGCAGAACGACUCCGAAAUGCUGAUCCGGCAGCUGGCGCGGAGGCUCCUGCUCCCUCAGAUGGAUUAUGGGAAUCGGAUCACAGUCCUGAGGGCUCUGAGCGUCGAACCCCAGCCAAAGUCAGAUUUAGCAGAGUUUCGUGAGGUUUUCUCCAAGGCCAAGCACAUCGCCAUCAUCACCGGAGCCGGCGUGAGCGCCGAGAGCGGGCUGCCCACCUUCAGAGCCGCCAGCGGACACUGGAGGAAGUGGAAGACACAGGAUCUGGCAACCCCGCAGGCGUUUUCCCGUAACUCGUCUCGCGUAUGGGAGUUUUAUCAUUACUGGAGGGAGUUAGCGCUGAAGGCUAAACCCAGCGCUGCUCACGUGGCCAUCGCCGAGUGCGAGGCCCGUCUCAGACGGCAGGGCCGCUCCGUGGUGGUCAUCACGCAGAACACGGACGAGCUGCACCGCCAAGCCGGCAGCAAACACAUCCUCGAGGUCCACGGAAGUGUUUUCAGGACGCGGUGUCUGAGCUGCGGAGACGUGGACGUGAAUCAUCACAGCCCUAUCUGUGCUGCUCUGGAGGGUAAAGGUGAUCCGGAGCCAAACUGCACCGAUGCCGAUAUUCCUGUGGAAAAUUUACCAAGGUGUGAUGAGAGAGGCUGUGACGGUCUCCUGAGGCCUGAUGUGAUCUGGUUCGGGGAGACGCUGGACUCGCACGUCCUCACCAAGGUGGAGAAAGAGCUGGACGCCUGUGACCUCUGCCUGCUGGUUGGCACCGCGUCCGUCGUCUUCCCAGCGGCCAUGUUUGCCCCCCAGGUGGCAUCCCGAGGCGUUCCAGUGGCGGAGUUCAACAUCCGGCCGCGAUCCAGCAUGUCUCAGUUCACUUUUUAUUUCCAGGGCCGGUGUGCUGAGACCAUCCCCAUCGCUCUCGCACCUCACGAGUCUGAGCUGAUGUGAGACUCUGAUAUACGUCUCAGAGACGAAGACGACCUCUGACCUGCACAGGGGCCGCUGGUGAACAGACUGCUUUUAUACGCCCUGAGAAAGGAAAUACUGCCUCCCACUAGUGUCUCUGAGAGGCAGAUUAACGGGGAAACGUUACACGAGUGUUUAUAGGGAAGUAGAAAAGUCCCGUUUCAUUUUUGCUGCAGUGUAAAUGAUCUCGUUAUGAUGCAGUGUGUGCACUUGAGAGGUUGUUUUAUUGAUCUGAUUACUGAAUUGUGAAAACGCAGCACCAUUUCAGGGUACAGGAACUUUCUCUCUCUCCCUGUCCAUUGAAUUUGCUGUUUAAUAAGAUAGAUAAUGACAUUUAACACUUUAUAUGCUCACUGAAAUGGUCUCGGAUAUAAACACAAUCCAUCACGUACAUAGUUUAGCUUUUGUUUACUUUACUCCACAGAAUAAUAAGAAAAAAAUGAAAAGCUAAAAUCUUGAAAAGAAAUGUGUGUAAAAACUGAGUUUAAGCCUCAAAGAAAUACACAUUUGAAAUCACUCCAAAGGUGCCAAGCACUCUUUUUCUUCUUCAUACACAGUAUCUCUAAAGUCUCUAAAGAGGAUGUGGUCUAGAGACAGUAAGAGGAAGUGUAGUGUAUAUUCUUUAGAAAUAAUUUCAGAAUAAUUUUUUUUCCCUUUUGUACAUCUGCAAAAAUAAUAACUUUGUCCCUUUUGCUUUUUUUCUUUCUUUUUUUUUUUUUUUUUUUUUUUUUGAAAAAAACAUCCUCCAGGGGAAAAAAAGUCAUCAAAUUUUUCGUUUUUUAUAUUCUUAAAAAAAAGGUUUCUUUAUUUUUUUUUUUUUUCUUAUAUUCUAUAGAAAUAAUUAUUUCCCCCUUUUUGAUAUUCAACUGAAAAAAAAAAUCUGUCAGUUCUUUAUACUCAUCAGAAAUAAUACUUUUCUUUCUUUCUUUCUUUCUUUCUUUCUUGUUUUUCCUUGUUGGGUCUGGCUUACAGUAUAUAAUAAACAAAGCUGUCUUUUGCGCCUUUAAGAAACCAAAGUGUCUCAAUAAACAUGACACCUGCAAUCUCUCA